AGGCUGACAUCAAGGCAGAUCUGCUGUUCAAACAUUUCCUACCAGUACAAUUCAAGAAGCGAGAACAAAAACAAGAGCCAGUAUAAUUUACAGUUAAAUAUAAUACAAAAUGCUACAAAGGGCUGCCUCAAAUGUUUCAGAUAAAACCAAGAGCCACAAACCAAAGCGCUCCACCAGCUUUGGGAGGUUCGAGGGCCUCAGAAACCCACUAUCACACUCCAAGCUGGAGGAGAAUGGUACCGCAAUGAUUAAAGAAGAAUUGGACGGUUUGGAAUCCAAUAAGUCAGCUGGACUGAGCAAGAAGAUGAAGGCGAUUUCACUGACCAUGCGCAGAAAGAUGGGCAAGAAGCAUCAGAAGGCAUGCUUUGAAGAGAUGGGUGAUGACACAGACAGAGAGCCAGAUGGAGAGGCAGAGAGUUGUACUCAAGAGAAAGCUUCUUCGAAGACCAGGAACUCUUUAGAAAGUCUCUAUAGUGGCCAGAGCUCUUCCAGUUCAGGUGGGGUAACCACUGAGUCCAAUGGCUCCAAGAGAAACAGUCUUCGACUGGAGGAGGACGGAUCCUACCCAGGACAGUUCUGUGGCCGAGCCCGAGUCCAUACAGACUUUGUGCCCAGCCCGUAUGACACGGAUUCCCUCAACCUCAAGGCUGGUGAUAUCAUCAGCGUCAUCAGCAAGCCUCCGAUGGGGAUCUGGACGGGCAUGCUCAACAACAAAGUGGGCAACUUCAAGUUCAUCUACGUGGAUGUUUUGGUCGAAAAGGAGAAAGAGGAGGAGGCCCCGAAGAUCAGACAACAGAAGCUGAGCAGAAGGCCAAGGCCCAACACCCUGCUGGAGCUGCUGGAGCAGCUUCAUUUACAGGAGUACGCCUCAGCCUUGCUUCUGAACGGUUACCAGACGGUGGAUGACCUGAUGCAUCUAAAGGAGAAACACCUGAUAGAGCUGAAUAUCAAAGACCCUGAGCACAGACGCAGGCUGCUAGCUGCAGCGGACUGCUGCUACACAGAAGGUGAUGGGCAGAGAGCGGCGGAGGAGGGGAGAUCUACCUGUGGUCUGCCAGAGGAGGACAUGGAGGGUCUCCGGGACUCCGGCUGCUUCAUCCCCUCAGAGGGCUCCGACCCCCUGAAGGAGGAGGGAGACCCUGCCCCCAGCACGGCGGAGGGCUAGCCUGGGUCAGCACGGCCGCCCCCCCAUGGAGGUCUUGAUGUCAUUAUGACAUUCUGGGAUGUCAUUGAACACAUUGAAUCAAACCCAGAGUCCCUGAGUCCCUUAGUAAGGGCGAGGUGGUGAAUUUGGUUCUGAUAUGCGCCCAACAAAGGGGUAUAACAUUCCUGGACAGUGCUUUAUUUUGCCAGGGUAAAAAAGGCCCCUUCUAAAAUAAAUUAAAAUAAGUUCUGCAUCGUGAUAUUAGUAGGUGAAAAACUGAGGACAACAUACUUCUCUUGACCUGGGAUUUUUGAUACCUUACAUUGCUCAGAAAAGUAAAAUUAUUAACGGAUCUACUUGUAUAUAAUGUAUAUAUAUAUAUAUAUAAUAUAUAUAUAUAAAUGCAGGGCUUUCUUUUUAUAAAGCCUUUAUCAUAAUCAUAUUUUUUUACUACCUCAAUGAAGGCAUUGUGAGGUAGUUACUAAUGUAAAGUUUUCGUUUCCCAUUAUUACAUUUCUAAUUGAAAUAAAGAAUGGAACCAGAAAAAGGAACUUUUGCAAGACUCUCUCUCUCUCUCUCUCUCUCUCUCUCACUCACUCACUCACUCACUCACACGCUCUCACGCUCACUCUCUCUCCCUUUACUACAUUACCCACAAUCCCUGUGUUUUAAGAUUCAUCACUCUCCUCACUGUUUUGUUAAUUAAAGCAAUAAAAUAAUAAAUAAGAAAAGUA